GCUCAGCCAAGCGCUUAUAAAAAGGCCCCCGAGUCCCCCCGGCCUCAUAAGAGGGCCGGGUGCCGUGCAUGCCUCUCUGGUUAUUGUCUCCAUGUCCUGCUGACAACACCGGGGUUGGCUCCUACAUGCAAGUGGACGUGCGCGGUGCUCCACUCAGGAGUUCUCCAUGACAGAUAUCAGAUUCCCAAAGUAUCCCAACUUGCAUGUGAAGUUGUUCAGCUUCCAUUUUUACUGAAGGUAUUCUUGUGCAGGAGUACAUCUCCUUUGAGUUGACUUGCUUGGUUUUUGAAAGUACCUUACAAGCACCAUGUGGGAGUUCCGCUCCAUGUCUUUCUGGAGGGCGGUUUUUGCCGAGUUCUACGGCACCAUGUUUUUUGUCUUCUUUGGUCUGGGGGCCGCUCUCCGAUGGACCACGGGUCCCCACAAUGUUCUACACGUGGCCUUCUGCUUCGGGCUGGCAGCCGCCACGCUCAUCCAGUCCAUUGGCCAUAUCAGCGGGGGACACAUCAACCCUGCCGUGACCUUCGCCUUCCUCAUCGGCUCCCAGAUGUCCCUGUUUCGUGCCAUCUUCUACAUUGUGGCCCAGUGUCUCGGAGCCUUGGCUGGUGCCGCCAUGCUGUAUGGGGUCACGCCCGGCAACAUGAGGGGCAACCUGGCCCUCAACACGCUGCAGCCCGGCAUCAGUCUGGGAAUGGCCACCACCAUGGAGGUCUUCCUCACCCUGCAGCUCGUUGUCUGCAUCUUCGCUGUUACGGAUGAAAGGCGCAACGGACGCCUGGGAUCCGCUGCCCUGGCCAUCGGUUUCUCAGUGCUGAUGGGACAUCUUCUCGGGAUUUACUACACCGGGGCCGGAAUGAACCCAGCCAGAUCCUUCGCCCCCGCUGUGCUAGUCAGGAAUUUUGUCAACCACUGGGUGUACUGGGUGGGGCCUAUGAUUGGGGGGGCUAUUGGUGCCCUUCUCUAUGACUUCAUGCUCUUCCCCCGAAUGCGCGGCCUCUCAGAGAGGCUGGCCACGCUGAAGGGCACCAGGCCCCCGGAGGCCGAGGGCCAGCAGGAAACCAGAGAACCAAUGGAGCUGAAGACCCAGGCCCUCUAAGCCCACAGAAGACCCAGGCCCUGUAAGCCCACAGAAGACCCAGGCCCUAAACCCACAGAAGACCCAGCCCACAGAAGACCCAGGCCCUAAGCCCCCAGAAUACCCAGACCUUGUAAGCCCACAGAAGACCCAGGCCCUAAACCCACAGAAGACCCAGACCCUAUAAGCCCACAAAAGACCCAGACCCUAUAAACCCACAGAAGACCAUGGCCCUAUAAAUCCACAGAAGACCCGGGCCUUCUAAACCCACAGAGGACCCAGACCCUAAGCCCAGAGAAAACCCAGACCCUAAGAAGCCCACAGAAGAAUUGCCAAAGUUUUUUCCCUCCAUUCCCAUCGGCUAAUCCCUCAUCCAUCCCAUAUUAGAACACCAGAGCCAGGCUGACUGAUUGACAGCAUGUACACUCGAGCCCCCCCCCCCCACACACACACACACGCACUGUUGGACUGCAGGACGAAGAUGAAGAUAGCCCUUGGUCUUUAUUUGCAUUUCUUUUCUUCUUCUCUAGUCUGCAAGGAGUGAAGCUACUGUAGACGUCAGCUUGCUUUUCCCCUUUUGGAGCCAGGAUGAUUUUUUCUUUUCUCUGCUUUUGUUCCAGCAGCCAUGGCUUGUUGACGUGUACGUACUGUACUUCAUCAUAUCAUCAUCAUCAUCACAUUCUUUCCCACUUUUUAAAGACGUGUGUCACGGGGACUCUUGUGUUUCUGUGUGUGUAUGCUUGUGUGUGCUUUCGGUUUCUCUUUUUCCUUCUUGGCUUUCCAUUGCUACCUAUGACUCCAACCGGUACGUUGGAAAAUCAACAGCGUUCCAAGGAGAAAACAUCUUAUCUACUGUGUCAGUUUUUAUCCUGAAUACCAAAAAUGAUUUGGGGGUAAAAUCAUGUCGUUUUCAUUGGACAGCGACUGGGAAAUGUCCCUUUCUGAGUCAUGAAGAUUAUCCUGUUUAAUGAAACAUUUCAUGAAGCUUUGCUGUCCGAUGAAAACAACGAUGGUUUUCAUUGGGUUCAUCGGGUUUCGUUCCGUGGUAUGGACGCCUAUUUUUAGACAUUGGCAUCAUCCCUCAUCCAGAGAGGACCACGGCUGUGGGUCGCCUUAGUUAACAAUGAACUGACAUCACCAUGGUGGAGGUCAGGACUCCUAGGACUGCAUGAGGUGUGCGCUGACUUUAAGUGGCAUGGAUCUUUUGGAGUGCAAUCAUUUCCUUGUGCAACUCGAGCGGGGGGUGGGGACAAGAACUUUGAAGACGAUCCUCCCUUCACCCUAACUCCUCCAUCAGGAGGGAGGUAUCGGAGCGCUGACAAAUAUUAGCAUUGUGACAUUUACCAGAUAUUUAAGCUUCCUUCUGCUUGAUCUUUUUCUUCCUGUGUGGUUUCCCUGAGUAAAGUGGUUGGGUGACUAGAUUGACAUUGUAGUGACAUGUUUUUUCUGUCAUGUACAGUGUAAACUUUUCUUCCUUUUUUAAAGCAACUUUUGAGGAUUGUUGAAACUAAUCAUCAUUUACGGCCGGUUGAUGCCACUGUGUUCUCUGAAAGCGAUGCCAAGUAGGCAACCACCGUUAUGCUGUCCUUCAAUGGACGGCCUUUAUUUCCACUGCAGGCAUGCCUCCCCAGCAAAUGGCAGUCAUUUAUUUUUAUAUGUCAAAAAAUGUUGUAAAAUUCUUGUUUGACAUCUUU